AUGCUUCACCAUCUCAUGGUUGGGACCUGGACGCCUCCAGGCGCCAUUUUCAGCUUCGAGUUCGAUGAUCAGGCACUGACCUUGAAACUGAUUCACAGAGCAGAGAUCCCAAAAGAUGAGCCCAUUUCCUGGAUGACUUUCAAUCAUUCCAAGAAAACAAUAUACGGCGCGUCCAUGAAAAAGUGGUCUAGUCACACAGUCAAUAGUCCAACCGACAUCAGGCACCACGUGUCGCAUUCGAUUGCUGGACACCCCCUCGCCCCAAGUAGUCACUCUAACACCCGAGCGAUCUUCGUCCUGGCAGCACAGAAACCUCCUUUUAACGUUUAUGGCAACCCUUUCUACAAGUAUGCCUCGCAUGGGAAUGUCUUUGCUGUGGAUGACAAAGGUGGCCUGACAAAAAAUGUGCAAAACUACGAGUAUGAGGAAGUCGCAGGCGUGCAUGGAAUGGUUUUUGAUCCAACCGAGUCAUUCUUGUACUCAGCAGAUAUGGGCGCGAAUAAACUGUGGACACAUGCAAAGGACAAAGAGACCGGGACAGUACAGCUCCUGGCCAGCAUCUCUGCACCCGGUCCUGGGGAUCACCCUCGAUGGGUGGAAAUGCACAAGAGCGGAAAGCAUCUAUAUUUGCUGAUGGAGGCAGGAAAUCGCCUGGCUGAGUACAAAAUCGACCAACAAUCCCACGUACCUGAAUUCACCGGGAAAAUCUUCCCACUCUUCCCAGAAGAAUUACUGCCCAAUAAAAAGAACUAUCGUGGUGACGUUUGUUUUUGUGCCCAAAGUGGUCAAUACCUCUUUGCAACAACGCGCUCGAACACGCUGGAUACCCCAGGCUGGAUCAGUGCGUAUCAACUUGACGAAGAGGGCAGCAUUGAAAAGCAACUUUGCUUGCAGCCUACGACUUCCAGUGGGGGCCAUUCGAAUGCUGUUAGUCCAUGCCCUUGGACUGAUGAAUGGGUUGCUUUGACGGACGACACCGUCGGCUUCAUUGAGAUGUACCGAUGGGCGAACGAAAAGCUCGAAGUGGUAGCUCGGUGCGAAGUACAUGAACCCGGAUUUGGCAUGAAUGCGAUAUGGUAUGAUUAA